UCAAGUUGCCCAGGCUGGUCUUGAACUUGCAUUUCUCUUGCCUGCCUAGUCUCUGGGAUUGCAGGUGUGCGCCAACACUCCAGAUCCAUGCAUUUCCUUCUGAUCAACCUUCCCAGUCCUUGUAACCACUAUCUCCAAAAUGCUGUCCUUAUUUCAGUUGGGGAUUGCUUCCUCUAUUUCUCCACCUACUUCUAGCAGAUGUAGCUUUGCCACAGCUACUGCUGCUCAGAAGCCUUCCUCCUGGUGGUCAUGGCCCAUGAUUGCUAUGUGGCUGUCUGUCGCCCACUGAACUCUCCUGUCCACAUGACCCCUCACAUCAAUGCUGUACCGGUGACCAGUGCCUGGCUCACCGCCCUCCUCCUGCCUAUCCCAGCAGUGGUCCAGACCUCCCAGAGGGCAUAUAACAAUACUGCCUACAUCUAUCACUGCUUCUGUGACCACCUGGCUGUGGUCCAGGCCUCCUGCUCCGACACCACCCCCCAGGCCCUCAUGGGCUUCUGCAUCGCCAUGGUGGUCUCCUUCCUCCCCCUUCUCCUGGUAUUUCUGUCCUACGCUCACCUCCUGGCCUCAGUGCUUCGCAUCAGCUCCCAAGAAGGACAUUCAAAAGUCUUCUCCACAUGAGCUGAGGUGAUGGUGGACAUCCUCUGUAGUUUGAAUAUUGGGUACACCACAGAGGCUUUGUCCCUAGGGUGGGGCUAUUGGCAGUUCCAUGAACCUUUAGGAAAUGGGGUCUUGUUGGAGAUUCUGAGGUCAUUGGGGAUUGUGAGACCCUGGUCUCUCUCUCUCUCUCUCUUUACUUCCCUAAUCACUUUGCUCCCACACAACCUGCUAUGAAUGCUCCACCCUUGCCAGAGAUCUAAACUGAUGAUGCCACUUCAUCUUGAACUGGAAACUCCAGAACUGUGAGCCAAAAUACACCUUUCCUUUUAUAAAUUAAUUGUCUCAGGCAUUUUGUUAUAAUAACAGGAAGCUGACUAACACAGCGCCUGCUAUUCAUCCCUUGCCAUUGCCAACAUGGCCUAUAGAGCCCACCUGCUGAGAAUGCUCUGUGCCAUUCUCAUGCCUGUGCUCAAUCCUCUCCGCUACAUGCCGAAGGACUUUCAUUUGCAGGCAGCAACACGGAGGAAUCUCACUUAGUGCUGAGCAAAUUAAGACUCAAAAUGAUAUAGUACUCAUCAGUUAUAUAAAGUUUAGGACCAAGCAGAACUAAACCACUUUUUUAAAAUCAAUGCUUACAAAGGUCAUAAACCAUGAAAAAAGAAUAACUAUCAUAAAAACCAGAAUCGUGAUCACUUUUAGGAGAGGAGGAGGGUUGUAAGCAUUGAGAAACCCCAGGGGCUUGUGAGGUAUGACCAGUGUUCUGCCUGAAUGGUGACACAGGGGUUUGUUUUAAAUGAGACUGUACACAGUGGUGUGUUGCUUAACAGGGAUAAGUUCUGAGAAAUGCGUCACUGGGGGAUUGCAUCCCUGGGCAACAUCACAGAGUGUGGCCAGCUACACCCCAAGGCUAUAAGAAAUGUAUUGCUCCUGGAGAAAAGAUGAGCAAGAG